AUGGUUACUUCGUUCCACAACCAGACCCUUUCGUCGGGUGUCACUGUGCACUACGCCGAGGCGGGCUCGGCAACCGCGCCGGUUGUCAUCCUCCUUCACGGGUUCCCAUCCACCAACCUGCAGUACCGCAACCUCAUCCCGCUUCUUGCUGGCCAGUACCACGUCGUCGCACCUGACCUCCCGGGCUUCGGCCACACCACGGUUCCCGCAGGAGUGACCCUCAGCUUUGACCUCAUGGCAGAGACGGUCAGCGGCCUGGUCGACGCCCUUGGGAUCAAGAAGUUUGCCGUCUAUGUGUUCGACUACGGAGCACCCACUGCCUUUCGCCUUGCGCUCAAGCGUCCCGAGCUCAUCGCCGCCAUCAUCACCCAGAACGGCAAUGCGUACGAUGAGGGACUCGGUCCAGACUUUUGGGGCGGCCUGCAGAGGUGGUGGGCUGGGGGUGACGAGCACGCCGAGAUUCGCUCGGUCCUCUUCGAGGCGAUCGGCGACAUUGAGUGGACCAAGGCGCAGUACUAUGACGGCGUGCCCGAGACCAACCGGAAGCUUGUCGACCCGCAGAUGUACACGCUCGACUAUCUCCAGCACCUGGGCCCCGAGGACAAGCGCAACCUCCAGUUCACGAUCUUCUGGGACUACCAGAACAACGUCAAGCUCUACCCCAAGUUCCAGGAGUACUUCCGUACCCACUCCCCGCCGCUUCUUGCCGUAUGGGGCAAGGGCGACCCGUGCUUCAUCUACCCUGGUGCCGAGGCGUUCAAGCGCGACCUUCCCAACGCGCGAGUCGAACUCCUCGACGGGGGCCACUUCCUCCUCGAGACCCAUGUCAACGAGGUCGCUGUUUCUGUCAAGGCUUUCCUGGGCGGCCUGAAGUGGUAG